GAUACACACAAGAUGAAUCUAAAAUUGCUUUUGAUCCGGCUAACAAGGUAAAUAGCAGAAAAUGGCUAGGUGGGUUUAGGACUCGGGUAGCAAUAAUACAUCCAGAUAAAAAAUGUCCUGUUUUAUUCCCAUGAUUAACAAUACACUAAAGUAUUCUUUUUUUUUCAUGGAAAAGUAGAAGAGGGGGGAAAUUUUUUAUCGCUCCAAAACUCUAGACCAAUUAAGAUCAUGGCCUAUACUAAACCUUUCUGGGUGGCGUGCACGAAUUGGUUACACGUGGGCAAUGGUAAUCGGUAAACGAAAUCUAUUGUUCUUCUAACUGAACGUCAGAGAAUAAGCUUGAUACAUAAUAAAACACUUGGAUAUAACGGGUUUAGCAACAGACUGAUUAGGACAAGAUGAAGCGCACAAUUUUUUGUCUUUUGUCACUUUUUACAAUUUUAAAUGCUCAGGAAGUUGAUCCAAAUGAAUUAAAAUGUUUAGUUUGUCGAUCUACGGUCGAAGAAAUCGAAACUGUUUUAGCUGAUGUUAAUCCAGCUCACCAAACAGAAUUCGGGAGUUACAGACUAGAUAGUGAUGGAAAUAUGAUAAGAAAAAAGAUACCAUUAGCUAAAUCGGAAGUUUAUCUUUCUGAAGUCCUAGAGGGAAUUUGCAAAAAGCUUGAUGAUUAUGUAAGAGCAAGAUAUAAAUCUAAUGGACAACUGACUAUUUUCAAUCUCUUAUCAUCAUCAGGAUCAAUGAAUUCAGAGAUGAGUAAAGUUGAUAUCAUUCAAGAUGGAGAUCUUAAUAGAAGUCUUAAAUAUAUUUGUGACCAAAUUGUUGGAGAACAUGAUGAUGAAAUUAUCAAAAUUUUACAAAGUGAUGAAACUGAUAAUAUUAAUGCAAUUUGUACAACAGCAACAAAAAUCUGUGACGAUGAGAUAAGUCCUGAUGAUAAACAAGAUGAGGAUAGUGAUGAAAUUGAUAGAACAGAACUUUAAUUGUUAUUACUAAAAAAUAUAUUUAUUGUACAUACGCUAUUACUGUUAAUCGAAAUUAUUUUAAAAUUCUUGAGGAAAAAUAAAUUUUCUAACGAUUUACAGAUAAA